AUCGCAUUACCAUUUCAAAACGGAUCAGGAAAAAGCAGAAUAAAUAUGUGUUUUGCUUAUGUGACAUUUGUGCUAGUAAUUGUGAUGCUGGUUGUGCACAGCCAUGGAUGUAAGGACUAUGACCUGUCGGCCUCAGAUCAGUCACUGAUAGAUAUGAUGAAACAUUACCUUCAUACGUCAAGGAAAGACGAAUGUCCAUCGCAAAGCAAAACACGCAAUACAGGUUGUUUAAGGUUUAUCAAGUUUGAUGUAUCUUUUAUUAUUAUUUAAAACGUUGAAGGCAAAUUUAAUAACGUAACAUAUAAAAAUAGCUAACUAUUUUGAGUUAUUCAUUAAACAUAUUUUGACAUGUGCAAUUUUUUUUAAACAAUUGUGACGAUAAUGUCGUUCUGAAAAUACGAAUUUUUAUCAAAAAUAAAAAUAUAUACAUGAUGUAAUACUAUGUUAUACUCUGAAUUUAUAAUUAGAGUUUUAUCCUGUUUUAAAACAUUCAAUUAUUUUCUUUUUUGUCUUUGUGUUUAUCUUUAGGAAUGACUUAUGUUCGUUGGGGUAAGAAAGGUUGUCCAGAAGGAGUUGACAUAGUGUAUACAGGACAAGUCGGUGGAACUCAAUAUUCAGAUAGAGGAGGUGGUGUGAACUAUUUAUGUCUCCCGAAUGAUCCAGAGAAUGGGCAGCAUCAAUCAUUUGACAAUGACCAGGUUCAUGGAGGUGAAUAUGAACUUAGUUCAUCAAUGAAGCCAUCAGGAUGGUCAGAAAGUAUGCAUAACAAGGAAGUGCCAUGUUCUGUAUGUUACCAAAAACGAAGAUCAGCUGUCGUGAUGAUACCAGGUAGACAAACUUGCUAUAAAGGAUGGAACUUAGAAUAUAACGGUUAUUUGAUGAUAGCUUCUAAAGGACAUUUCAAAAGAGACUACGCCUGUGUUGACAAAAAUGCAGGACCAUUUGAUAAGAAGAAUGGUGAUGAAAACGGAGCUUUGUUUUAUCCCCUACGCACCAAAUGUGGAAGUUUAAGAUGUCCCCCGUAUACCAAUGAAACAGAUGUUCUUUGUGUCGUUUGUACAAAGUAACAUGUAUUAAAAAAUAUGCGAAAUGGA